ACAUCCUCCGUUCAGCAGAUCCAUCAGUGGGCAGGCAGCGGACGGAUGCAAGCCCUCUUCCUCCCUCCCGCCCCGACGCAUCCAUCUAUUCUCUUAUCCAUCCAUCCACCGCUCCAUUUACUCAUUCAUUUACAAGGGCGUCUCAAGGGGUGACAGAACCCGAAGGGCACAUGCAAUGCGCACGUGUGCGUGAGUCUUCGCUGUUUUUACGUCUGCGACUGGUCUGUGUUUGGAGCCGCUGACAUGAGGAGCUGAAACCGAACCGACACAAGGAUGAAAAUGCUCCGGUUUCGCAGCCCCAGCAUCCGUUCCUUGGAUCAGGAGAUCCUCUGCACGAUCCGGUUACUGGACGACUCCGAGAUCUCCUGCAGCAUUCAGAGAGAGACCAAAGGCCAGUUCCUGCUGGAUCAUGUGUGUAAUCAUUACAACCUGCUGGAGAAAGACUACUUUGGGAUCCGAUAUGUAGAUCCUGAGAAACAGAGGCACUGGUUGGAGCCCAAUAAGCCUGUGGUGAGGCAGAUGAAGUCAGCUCAGCAGCCGUACACUAUGUGCUUUCGGGUGAAGUUUUAUCCCCACGAGCCAAUGAAAAUCAAAGAAGAGCUCACCAGGUAUCUCCUGUAUCUCCAGUUGAAGAGAGACAUCUACCAUGGUCGUCUCCUCUGUCCUUUCGCUGAGGCAGCAUAUCUGGGAGCUUGUAUUGUACAGGCUGAACUUGGAGACUACGACCCAGAGGAGCACCCAUCAGACUAUAUCAGAGACUUCAAACUGUUUCCCAAACAAUCCCUGAAACUGGAGAGGAAGAUUAUGGAAAUACACAAAAAUGAGCUCAGGGGCCAGUGUGCUGCAUUUGCAGAGCUGAACAUGCUCCAAAGGGCUCACAGCCUUGAAACGUAUGGAGUCGACCCCCACCCGUGCAAGGACUUUACAGGCUCUACUGCUUUUCUGGGGUUCACAGCCACUGGUUUUGUGGUGUUCCAGGGAAACAAGAGAAUUCACCUCCUCAAAUGGGCUGAUGUUAGCAAGCUGAAGUUCGAAGGGAAAACAUUUUACGUCAUCGGGAUCCAGAAAGAGUUAAACUGUACUGUUUGUAAUCCUGUCCACCAUCACACACACUAUAUAUGUGUGUCACUGUUUCAGAUCUCCUUAACAGGCAGGAUUCACUGUAACAGGAUGAAGAAACUAGUGUUGACAUUUCACACCUCGACCCCUGCAGCAUGUAAGCACCUAUGGAAGUGCGGUGUGGAAAACCAGGCCUUUUACAAGUGUGCAAAGUCAAGUCAGAUCAAGACAGUUUCAAGCAGCAACAUCUUCUUCAAAGGCAGCAGGUUCAGAUACAGUGGGAGAGUAGCCAAGGAGGUGAUAGAGGCCAGCUCCAAGAUUCAGAGAGAUCCACCAGAAGUGCACAGAGCCCAGUUUGGCCAGAGCCGAAGUUUUAACUCUUUGAGUCAUAAAAAUCUCAUCAUGAACAUGGAGCCUCUGGUACCUGCACUGCCCUCCACCAAUGAAUAUGAAGAGACGGCGGCAGACAGCGGUAUAGUUCCUGCAAAGGACCCUGUCCAUUUGUCUCCUCUUAAACCUUCAUCUGCACCUGCAGACACUGAGCUACAAAGUACUGAAGGGGAAAGCACUGCUUCAGGCAAUGACCUGCAGCCUUCCCGUGUUACCAUGGAAACCUCAAAUCUCCGACCUCAAACACCCAAAGCUGAAGAUGGAUUGGAGGAAGAUGAUGAGGCUGGUGGUGCACUCACCAUUUCAGAGCUUGCCUACAGCCCUUGUGCCAGCAUGGUUCCUACCCCAGUGGACGGCAGUGAGGGAGGUGUUGACCUGCUCUUCUCUCCAGUCCAGAGUCCCGCCAGGCUGCUGAGGGAGCUCCACGCAGACCCUGACAUCCAGGCUCAGCUGGAGGCUGAGAGGGAGCGGGACCGAGCCUACGAACGCACCCGUCUGGCUACAAGAAGUCGAAUGAGUGGGGUCCUGACCAGCAGCCUGCGCCUGCUGUCAUCCAAUGAGAGAGUUAAUGCAUGUCUGCUGAGCGUGGCCCGAUUCAUUGUUGUGGUAAUGGGAAUCCUACUUGUCACUGUGCCCACACUACUGCUGCUGCUGGAGUCAGACAUUGAUGUGUCGUUCCUUCAUGAGAUCCGGCAAACGCCAGAGUUUGAGCAGUUCCACUACGAGUAUUACUGUCCACUUCGGCGCUGGAUCCUGUGCAAGAUCAGCAUGGCCAUGGAGAACCUCUGGUCAGACUGAAGAGGAAAAGCUGGAAAUGGACUAAAUGAGAGAGAAAAGUCACUAUGAGGGAAGCAAAUCUGUCCAAAUGUCUUUCUAAACAUGUGAUUUAAUCUUAUGUGCAGUCUUAAAAACUGGUGUCUCUUAAGUCAAAAUAAUCAAUCUGCAAGUGGAAAUAUUUCACUUAAUUCAGAGGAAACCGGUGUUAUUUAAGCUGCAAAGGCACAAUGCUUUAUUUAUGAUUGCUCAGAAAAUUAUAGUAAGUUGUUUUAAUAAUAAGGUAAUUCUGACUAUGGAUGUAAUUCUGACUGAAUUAUACUCAACCAAGUAGAUUUAUUUGCUUCUUUGGCAGCAUCAUUUACUUUAUAAAGAAAAAAAAUACUGAGGAGGAAAAAUGUUUUUAUCAUAAGGCUCAAUCACUUGUUAAGAUAGACACUUUUCAUAGGGAUGAACUGAAACAAUGGGGACAGGAAAUGCUGUAUGUGUGCAAAGACUAAUCGAAGUUGUGGACAGAAAAAGAGACACAAGAACAACAAAAGUCAUUGGUUUAAUUUAACAGACAUUUUAAAAACCUGUCCACUCCUGACGCUGAAAAGUUGUAACAGGUUCUUUGGGAAGUACCACAAACAGUUCUGAUUGGUUCCUGUCCUCAGAGCAGGUUGCCGGAUUGGUUUUAGAGCCUAUCAGUCAUGACGGAGUGGGUGGGAACAGAAAGUGGUUUAUCUACCAGUAUACACAACAAUAGCCACAGUCAGAGCUACAUUAUAUAUUAAAAAAUUAAAAAAAUUUAAAAAACAAAAUAAGAAAUUGCUACCAAUAAGUUGUUUUUAACAUUUUGUAUAUUUUUAUGUGAUCCAGAUCUUUCAGGAUUUUUUCAGCCAGAUGAUCUACUUUGAGCUUAUUUUCAAGAGAAGAGUUUACAAAAAGAUUAAUAAAAAAAAAAUAAACAACAAUAAUUUAUUGUAGUUUAUCAGGGUGAGGGGGUGUUGAGAAACUUAUACUAUUUUUUAAAACUACCAUAAACAUUGGUAGUGCCCUGAGAUUAUAGCACAAAUAUUUCAGAUUACAGCUGUUUCAGAUUAUGUGAUGUCAUUUUGAAAGCAGCGGAGGUGACGAAAGUAAACUUAAGCCAGUUUAUGAUGACAAACCGUGUGUUUUGUUGAACUUCUGCAUGUUGUCUGUAUUCAAUGUUAGGGCAUCAGAUGAGGCAACUAGCAUAUCUUUUAAUAGUGCAAACAGGAAAUGCAUAAAGAAAACCUGAGAGAAGAAAAGUGAGGUUUGACAUUUGAUCAUUAAUGGCGCGUUAGUUUAAGGCAGGGAUCACCAUCUCCGGUCCUCAAGAGCUGGUGUCCUACAGGUAUUGAAUGUUUCUCUACUGCAGCACCUAAUUCAAAUAAAAUGGAUUUCCAACAGCUUGUUCUGCACAAGUCUGUCAAUGAUCCAUUAAUUUGAAUCAGGUGUUUGGUGCAGGAACACACCAAAUACCUGAAGGAUACCCACCCUUGAGGACCAGAAUUGGUGAUCCCUGGUUUAGGGGUUGCUUUGUGUUUGUGUCAGUGUUUUAAAGAAAUAGGAUGCCUCAAAAUGCCUAGAGGAACAGGUGACCAUACUGUAACACUGCUGAGUAAUUAUCUAAUCCAGCUUUUCCCAAACUGUGGGUCCUGAUCCCCACAGGGGUCCCAAGAUCUUUCCAGGGGGCCAUCAGAUCAUUGUUUUUUAAAAAAAAAACGUAGCCUACAUUUAUCAAAAAAUAUCGGAUUUUUAUUAGGGCUGUC